AUGGGAAACCUGCGAUUACAGACGGAUUUUGGAGAUGAUGCGGAGACGACCGAGCCUGUUUCUGGAGAUGAGGAUAAUCGAUUCGAUUCCGAUGAGGAUGUAGAAGGAAAGGCAGGGCAAGCUGGGGAUGGUCCGAAAUACACGCCGGAAGAAGAGAAAGAAGUUGUUUCGGUAUUUGAUCGACGUCUGGUCCCAUUCUUGGCCCUACUUUAUUUGCUGGCUUUCCUGGACCGUUCAAAUAUCGGAAACGCUAAAAUUGCCGGCCUACAAGAGGAUUUGAACCUCUCAUCUUCGCAAUAUGAAUGGUUACUUACCGCAUUCUACAUUACUUACAUCCUCUUCGAAUGGAUGACCCUCAUGUACCGCCUGGUACCACCACAUAUCUAUAUCUCCGUCUGUGUUUGUGGGUGGGGCCUCGUGGCUUCAUUUCAAUGUCUCGCUACAUCAUUUUGGGGACUUGUCGUCCUCCGUGCUCUGCUCGGAAUUACGGAAGCGGCCUUUGGCCCUGGUGUUCCGUUCUACCUAUCACUUUUCUACAAGCGUGAUGAACUUGCAUUUAGAAAUGGGCUUUUUAUUUCAGCGGCUCCUCUGGCAACCUCUUUUGCGAGUACCUUGGCUUGGAUCAUCGUUAAGAUCAGCAGCAAUGGUGCCAUUUCUCCCUGGCGUAUCCUCUUCUUGGUUGAGGGCUUCCCCAGUAUUAUCGCUGCUGUUUUUGCUUGGAUACUCAUACCCGACUCUCCAGGUCGAGCUCGCUUCCUGACCCGCCGACAGCGAGUCAUUGCUCGACUUCGUCUCGAGGGGAAAAAGGCCGAGCCCCAGCAUUCACAGGAGCAGCACCGGUUUAACUGGGGGGGAGAUCAAGAAAACACUUACCGACCCCAAGGCUUACAUGGCUGCUGUGAGUUACUAUUUCGUGCAUGCUUUCCACAAAGCCGAAACUAA